CUGUGCCUAGUCCAAAUGUCUAGAAAGCCAUACAUCAUAAUGCAUCAUUCUUUUUUGGGCGCUCAGAGGCAUACUGCCACCCGGUUUGCGUUGUCAUCGUGUUCGCUCCAUCUCAGCAAGAAGAGGUCAAAGCUGCCCAGCACACACAUUUCUAAAACUUGUCAACUGCAAAACGUAGCCAAAGUCCUUACACAUCACGCUGCGUUCCCAUGAGUGUACAGAGGGGAGAGAACCGCUCGAAUCAGAGCCCAUCCUUGACCCUAGAGGCUGAGUCCCGAAACACGAGCGCGCAACGCAGUCCUCAAGCUGAAAACACCGCUACGAAUGGAGAAUCCCAGAGGAAACAAAUCUACCCCUGGAUGACUGAAUUCCGGGUUAAAGGUCCCCCGCCACAAACCAAGGAGUGCACAUCCGAUAAAAACCGGACGAUCUACUCCACUCGACAAUUGGUAGAGCUGGAAAAAGAAUUCCACUACAAUCGCUACCUCUGCCGACCUAGGAGGAUCGAAAUCGCCCAGUCUUUAGAACUCACUGAAAAGCAGGUUAAAAUCUGGUUUCAGAAUAGAAGAAUGAAAUGGAAAAAAGAAAACAAACUUGUAGAAAAAGCAAUCGAGAGUGAAAUCAAGGAAAGAGUAAAGAAUUUGAGCACACAGAACCCAGAUGGGUUUGGCAGCUUACCUAUGUACGCGAACGAUUUGAACUCACUUCAACAAAUGUACAAUUUGAGCAGCUCCUGUACUGCCUUCCAGCCUGUUAGCGCCUUUGCUAGCGGCUUUGGAGGCAUUUCUAUGCACAAUGGUGGACAAAGAUCAGUGUGGCCUCACUUCAGCUGAUUCCAUAAACAUAUAUAUAUAUGCAAUGACUAAGAAAACACAAGAACACAGCGAGUUCUGGACAAAAUUAAGGCUUUCUAGAAAACGAUUUGAAAAUACUUCUUAAAUAUGCGUUUUUACCCUUAUUUGCUCCAGAGUACUGAUAUUUCUGUGUGUUUUUUUAAUUUAGAUUAUGCUUUGCAAUGUUAUGCCUUAUACAAUAUAUUUAUUUUCGGGUUUUUGUAUCUUUGUUAUUUAAGUCUAAAGAUUACUUCCCUUUUCAUUCUAUGGCUUGAACUUUGCGCAACAUAUCAUUUAAUUCGGCAUUAUUCGUAGAAGAAAGUCUUCAUCGCUGCUACUCUUUUGUUCGCAUUUGAAUACAGCAUUACUGUAGCCAUACACAAAUUCUUACGCAAAAAUAUGAAUAUAGUUGUUACAGUUCGUUGUAAAUAUGAUACAAUAUUUAAAAAGAUGAUAUAUUGCAAUGUAAAAUGAAUAUUAUGACAUGAGAAUAUACUCAAGAUUUAUUUGAAAAUAAAAUUAUACGACUUUUAGCGGUA